AUUAGCAUUGUAACGUCACCGCGACCAGUGUAUUUCCCGUGGUCGCGGCGUGGUGUUUUCCUCGCGGUCUCCGUAGACUUUAACGAUUUCGCCGAUACGCCAAGGUGUUUCUCUCGAGUCCGUUUUUGUAUUCACUCAUUGCAAAUCAAAAAAAUAUUAUUCUAGAUCGCCCACAAUACGCCGCAUUCGGAAACGACUCGGCAGACGUAUAUAACAGCACCAGAACAAAAUCGAUCUCCGUCAUAAUAAUACAAUUAUUAUUGCUAUCAUACGAUCAACGAGUUCGGUUCUUGCAAUUACCGCGAUGAUAUUGUUAUUAUAAUGGUGAUUUCUCAGUGAUACAAUCAUAACAAUAACAUUAUGUAUAUCAAACUCGACGUUCCGCCAGUCUUCAAACAGAUAUAAUGUGUAUUAUACACGAUCACUGCGUACUUCCUCACUACAGCGGGUCCACGAGAAGAAGCAAAAUAAAUAAAUAAAAAUGCAUAUUUACUAAAUUAUGUUCUCGGCGUGCCAACUCUAAUAAUUGAUUAUUGGUACAUCGUACAUACGGUUAUAGACACAACAACAACUGGCUUUGUGAUGUACACACUUUUUAGUAUAGGUACUAUAUAGUUCUUCAAAUAUUUAUUUGGUUAAUGUUGACGCUAGUUAAUAAAUUAAACAUUUUAACUUUUCCAACAGUCAUUGGUUUAAAUCAUCAUAGACAUCCAUUCUGUCUAUCGGACGUUUUAAAAGAUGUACAUAACACGGCGAACAUACGCACAAACACAAUACUAUCGAACUCUGCCUAUAAUCAGGUGGAGAUGUUCGCCGCGUCCGGACCUCUGAUUGUGACUCUCGGUUCCGGGAUGACCGUCGGAUUUUCUGCCGUACUGUUACCGCAGCUCAAGGACGACCGAUCGACCAUCAAAAUCAGCAGCCAUCAAGAGUCGUGGAUAGCCAGCAUGGCAGCGCUGCCGAUGGCCGCAGGCAGUGUGCUAGGUGGCUUGGCCAUGGACAGGCUGGGCCGGAAGACGACCAACCUGCUCAUCUGCGUGCCGUUUGUGCUCGGCUGGACGGCCGUUUCGAUGGCCACCGGCGUAACGGGCGUGUACGCGGGCCGGCUGAUGACGGGCUUGAGCACCGGCCUGCUUGGCCCGCCAACGGCAGUGUACAUUGCCGAGGUGACGGAGCAGCGUUACCGGGGCGCUGCGCUGGCCAUGAUUUCGUUCUCGGUAUCGGCCGGUAUACUGGUCGUCCACACGAUGGGCACGUUCCUCGGCUGGCGGCUGGUGUCAGCCCUGUGCUCGGUCGUGCCGUUCGCCGGCUACGUGCUCAUAUGGUUCACGCCUGAGUCGCCUGUCUGGCUGCGCGAGGAUGAGGAAAGACGCCGGCGCCGUCGAACCGCUGCAGUCUGCGACCACGCUAGUAGUGGCAUACCGUCGCGGCCACCGCCGGAAGUCGAUCCGCAGCCGCCGCUACAGGCCGUCAAGCCGACGGCGCGCCAGUGCUUCAGUAGGCCAUCGUUUCUGGGGCCGUUGGCCGUACUGUCCGCGUUCUUUUUCGUCCAACAGUUCUCGGGUGUCAACGCGGUGGCCUUCUACUCGGUGACGCUGCUCAAGCGUGUUGGGCCCGAUCUCAACGAGUACCACUGCACCAUGGCCCUGGACGUCAUCCGGCUGGCCGUGUCCGUGCUGGCGUGUGGCCUAACCAAGCGGUUCGGCCGCCGGCCGCUGGCCGUCGUCUCAGCAGUAGGCACAUGCGCAUCUCUGAUUUGCCUGGCCGCCUCGGUCCGCGACGCAGGUGCCCCUGUCACCGCGGGUAGCGUGGCUGUUCAUGCAGUCCCGGCCCCGGCGACCACCGCCAGCCUGGCACCCGUUCUGUCCAUCGUCGCGUACAUGGUGUUCGUCAACAUCGGGUUGGUGCCGUUGCCUUGGAUCAUGUCCGGCGAGAUGUUUCCCGGGUACUGCAGAGAACUCGGCAGCGGCCUAUCCACGUGCUUUGGGUUCAUCAUGUUCUACACUGUGAUCCAAAUCAGCCCUUAUCUGCUGACCAACAUUGGUACGUCGAUGACGUUUUACAUUUUCGGCACCGUGUCCGGUGUCGGUGCUUUAUUCCUCUAUCUGUGUCUUCCGGAAACCAAAAACAAGUCAAUGGAAGAUGCGACGUGACGAACCGCUUGAUAAAUGGCAACAGUCCUACAUGAAUAAAUAGCGUCAUUGUAUCGUUUCUGGACGGAACCACGGACGAAAAUGUACGUUGUUUAUCGUUUGGCCGGGAGAUCUCGCAUGGUGUGUGUUUUUAUACCGUUGGAAUCAUCAGAAAUAAACCAUAAAAAUGUUACCGGCUUUACCAUAAUGUAUUUAAGCCGAUCGUUUAGUAAAAUACACGAUCUUAGUUAUUAAAAAAUAAAAUUCUAUUAUUAUUAUACCUACUUCUCAUUUUGUGAUUUUAUAUUAUGUUUAUAUUCAAAAAGUAGUCAAUAAAAGUAAAUUAUUAUUUUAUUAUGUGCGUAUUAUAAUUUAUAUUAACCUACAAGAUACUAUGAUAGGUACGAUAUGCUAAUAUUAUAAUCACAUGUACACAAUUAUUAUAAUAUAAUUAUUAUUAUGUAUGUGCA